UAAAGACUGAACUUGGUAACUUGCACACAGUAUAACAUAAACGCAAUUGAAUGCAAGUUAUAGCAGGGUUGGAUCGUUGUAAUUUUCGACAUUGAACCCUGAUAUUAACCUCACCAGCAGCCGAAACAGACAGACAAAAAGGACCGCUUCUUGUUCCUCCCGAAUCGCCUUUGAAUGUGAGCUGUCCGCGGUACCUGGACGGGAAAGAUGCAGCAAAGAAGAUGCGGUUUUUUUAUGGUUUUAUCCUUUUUACUACAGAUGGGGAACGCAGAUGUUUUUUCUGGUGACCAUGACCGCUACACGACCAGGACCGGUGAAGGGAGGAGGUGGUCGGACAGCCCAGUCCUGGUGUACCGUCACGUGGACCAAGAUGGCCAGGAGAGGACCCUGGGUCUGGAGACACCCGGGUGGCAGCGUGGUGGGGACAGAGACAGUCUCCAUGCCUUGGUUAACACCCUCAGUGCCCAGCACCAGGCCAGACUGGACAGCUUCAGGGACAUGGCCAGGGUGGACAGCCUCCUCACCCAGUCCUCCCAGACCCAUGCCAGGCUGGCUAAGCUGAUGCCCGCUGCCCUGCUGGAGUCCCAGUCCCGCCAGGCGCCCCGUGGGCAUGGAGCCGUCAGCCUGUUGGCACAGCCGGAGCAGGAGGUACGGGUGGAGAACGCUCCGGUCUCAGCGCGCUGUAUGGUCACCGUGGAAGAGGAGGCAGUCCCUGGCAGUGUAGAGGAAGAGGAGACAGUCCCUGGCAGGGUACAGGAAGAGGAGACAGUCCCUGGCAGUGUACAGGAAGAGGAGAAGGCUGGAGAGGAGACAGUCCUGGCAGUGGGAAGAGGAGACAGUGUGAAGGAAGAGGAGACAGCCCCUGGCAGUGUACAGGAAGAGGAGACAGUCCUGGCAGUGUACAGGAAGAGGAGACAGUCCCUGGCAGUGUACAGGAAGAUGAGACAGUCCCUGGCAGUGUACAGGAAGAGGAGACAGUCCCUGGCAGUGUACAGGAAGAUGAGACAGUCCCUGGCAGUGUACAGGAAGAGGAGACAGUCCCUGGCAGUGUACAGGAAGAGGAGAAAGCUGGAGAGGAGACAGGGUUAUUAA